GGAGCCAGUGCUCGGUGAGGCAGGAUGGUGCCUGGACUCCCCAUCGAGGACGUGCGCAGCCUCUCAAAGCCCCUGCGCUGCCCAAAACCCCAGGGGCUGCAGGCUGAGCAUCACCCCAGCUUGCUGACCCUUGCACCCAUGGGGUGCCAAGGGCAUCAUGCUGCCCGUGCUGUUUCUGGUGCUGGUGCUGGGUGCUGGAGACACUCAUGCAGGGCGUGAACACCCCUGCCCUGGUGCUCCCACCACCCAACAGCCUGGCCGGGACAGCAGAGCCCGGUUGGGGACGUUGCUGGCCCGCAGGCAGCACUCCUGCCUGGCACCCGCCCAGGGCCCAGCUGGCCAAGGGUGCUGGCGGGUGCUCGGUGCCGCAGGGGCUGUCCCCGCUCAGCUGUCGCUGUCUGUGACGCUCCCUGUGACGGUCCCGCUCGGCUCAGCCCCGCCACCAGCCUACCCAGUGCUUGCAGUGCCUGAGGUCCCCACGCAUGGACCUGUGCCACGUCCCCGCCACCCGGGAGAAGGGCUGGUACCUGGCGCUGAUGGCUCCCAAUGUCAAGGGUCCAAACUACGCCUGGCUGGACCCCUCCCGGCUCUACUGCCACCCGCAAGUACCCAACACCCGGGGCAGAGGGCACCUGUGGAGGGCUUGCAGGACUGUGUGGCCGACCUGCUGCAGCCCUUCCAGGGAGACCCCAUCGACAUGGUGGCCGGCAUCGAUGCCAUGGGCUUCAUCCUGGGCGCUGCUGCUGCCACCACACUGCGGAAAGGCUUCCUGGCCAUCCGCAAAGCUGGGCACCUCUGCGUGCAGACUCUGGAGCAGCCCUACAGCGACUACUCAGGCCGGGAGAAGGUGAUGGAGGUCCGCACCGACACCAUCUCUCCAGGUCUGCGCAUCCUCCUCGUGGACCAGUGGGUGGAAACCGGGGGCACCAUGCGAGCGGCCAUCCAGCUGGUGGAGCGGCUGGGAGGGGUUGUGGCAGGCGUCGCCGCCAUCUGCAUCGAGGACAGCGAGGGCGGGCGGUGGAUCCAGGAGCGCUACAAGUGCUCCCACUGUGUCCCCCCCCGCCUGCAGCCCCGCUUCAACCGCCACCAGCUGGGCUGGGAAUGAUGAGGGGCUGGCACCCCACGUGUCGCUCCAUGUUGCGCAGGGCCGCUGGUUCUUUGGGGCAGGGCAUCUACCACCCCAUUUAGCUUUCAUCGUACAUGAGAUAGUAACCCCCACUUGGUGGCAGCCGUCCUCCCCUGGCUCCAUCCCCCUGCCUCCCCACAAGACUGGGGGGUCAACCCAGGGGCAGCCGCAGUUGGCCUUGGCCCCCAGCCUCACACCUUUGUUAAAAAGCAUAAAAAAGGUUUUAUUAAGAUAAACGAGAACG